AUGAUGAUGACUUCUGAAAACACACCGCAGAAGAUCCCACGGCUUAGCCGAUCCACCGAUGCCCUCACCUCCUCCCAGCGGUGGCAAGCUGUCACAAAGCGCGACCCCUCCAUCAACAGUUUCGUUUACGCAGUGCUGACGACCAAAAUCUACUGCCGCCCUUCAUGUGCCGCCCGCUUGGCGCGCCGCGCCAACGUUCAGUUCUACGAUACCCCCUCGCAAGCCGAGGAGGCCGGAUUUCGGCCCUGUAAGCGCUGCCGGCCACAAUCGGGAGGGACGGCGCUUGCAAACAAUCCACAAACUGCGGUUGUCGAGAAGGCAUGCGAGGCCAUUCGCGACGAGCUAGCGGCAGGGCUGAAACCAAGGCUCCAAGACCUAGCGGCUCACGCUGGCCUGACGCCGAGCCAUUUUCAUCGUGUGUUCAAGAAGCGCAUGGGCGUGACGCCCGGUCAGUAUGCGAGCAGUCUUGUCCAAAGGAAUGAGCGCGCCUCGCCGGAAUCUCUAACGCCAGACACGUUGUCUGAGCUUGAGACACCGCGAUUUGACUUCCUGGACGAGCGUGGGCAGGGCGUUCUGAAUUUGGAUGCGGGUGAAAGCCUGUUGGAUGUCUUGUGCCCGGCAGCCGGUCUGUUGGCGGAUGAAGGAGAUCCCCCUGUCAGCGUGGACAAUGCCUGGAAUGACUUCGAUGCCUUUCUGGUCGCUGAACACGGGCAAAUAUCCGGGCCUUUGGAGGAUCCGCCGGUCUCCAUUGACCCCCGGAUCAUCUCGGGAUCACCUCGGCACUUGGAAAGAGAUCGCGGGGCAUAUUUUCAUCCUGUUCAUCGCUAA